CGGCAUCGGCGGCACCAGAUCAUCCAGUCGAGUCGCGUGCGGCGUCGGAGCCGACAUCCGCUCGGCCGACAUCGGCGGCGUCGUUCUCGGCUCAAGCUCGCACAGCGGCUCUAUAACGGAGGGGUUGAGAACAGCCUUAGCCCGACUGCGACAGCGAUCCUCCACACCGACCCCACCCUCGACGGCGCACAACUCCCCCCAGCACCACCAGCGGGGGGACGCGCAAACAUCUUCACUGCACAACACCCCAACGCACAACCACCACUCUUCCAACAAGGGCUGCCACUCGUCGGUAGGCAUAAGCGGCGGAGACGGCCCGAACACUGGACCCUGUGGCACUCCGUCCCAUCGCCGUCCCUCAUAUCCCCAGCACACCCCGGCCCGUCACCCGCACCGCCAAGACCACACCUCCCCCGUCGGCGGCGGUUCUCAAACGGCCCCCGCCACGCCGCGCACCCCAACAAACAGCAGCCCCAGAAUGACGGUAAACUCGCAGUCGGGCUCAACAGCAACGACCAAUAGCAAGUCGCAGCGGCCCCCAGACGACUUGAUUUCGACGGCCACGUCUGCGUUGCGCAGGUUGCACUUCAAGACGGGCAGGAACGCAACCAAAAAUAGCCAGCCCGCCAACCAAAAGAACCAACCAGUACCCAAAGUAAUAGUGAUGGGAUCUUCGAGCACGGCAUCAGAAACGACGAUCAACACGAGCACCGACAGCUCGAACACAAUCGUCACCACGAUGACCGCUACCGAUGGAGAAGCCACCGAGGACAGCCUCGACACGAACGAACCCUUCGACUACCCGAACUCUUCGUUGGAAGGUUCUGGCAAAAUACUGACGCCUGUUACGGUGUCCCCCAAAACUCCUGCCACCGCCAAGCAACAAUCGCCGCUCACGGCCAAGCAGAUGCACGACAGCAAGUUCACGUUUGAGCUGGAUUCAAACAUUACUCCAAGAGCGGUUGAAAUUCCUAAAUUCAAUUUCGAAAAUCCUCAUCUGGUGCACCACCAUCAUCACAAUCAAGAAGAAAAAAGCGUCGACCAAUUGAUGGACGAACAAGUGGAAGCACUGAAAUUGGACGCAAGAAGAAGAAACUCCUACAAAGCAGCACAAACAGAUUUCGACAAGAUUGAAGUGAUGAGAGACGAGGACCUGAUUAUGCAUGUUGAACCUACUAGAGAAUUAAGAAUGCAUCAUAGGCAUAGUCCAAAGGAGCACAGAAGGAGUUUCAGGAGAAAGUUGGAAGUGGAUAAGGAACCUGUGGAAAGGACGUCUCCUAAAAGGAGAGCUGAAAGAAAUUUGAAUUCGUCUCCUGAAAAUAAUGAUUCGGAUUCGCCGAAACCAAAACAUAGGCACAAGAAAAGCAGUCGCCGUCAUCACUCGCCCAAUAAACAACAAACUGACAAAUUUAGUUACGACGAAAAACACAUCGCCAAAUAUCACCACCGCAACUCCACCGCCUCCUCUUCAUCGGGUGGACCGUCCCGCAUGACGCCCCCACUUCCUGACCUAAGAGUGGACUUCUUCGCCGAACCCAAUAACUUGUGCAAUCUACAAGUGGAAGUGUCCCAAGAAAAGCGCGGCAGCGUGUGCCUGAACAAAUGCUUGCGCGAGGUGGGGGCCCAGCUGGACGCCUCCUCGAUUAACGUAACCACGAAUCCUCUAGAGAAUUCAGCGGUGCACUUUGCCAGUCGCAAACCGCCGCAGGCGACGAUCGUGGUGCAACAGCCGUCACUGAGUUUGGAUCACUCGAGCGUGUCCACGAUCCUGUUGAAGAACGGUAGUGAGUUUGUGUCGAACGUUGAAACUGGAAAGUUUACAUUGAAAAAGUAUAAGGAGGAUAACAUGAAGCAGCUACUCGACGUAGCGAAUAAUUUGACGUUGGAGGAAAUACACGAUUUUGAGAUGAGAUACGGUAGUCCUCAUCACAACCGGUCGCAGUCGGUGAAAACUCCGGGCCGGUCUUCCGGAAGACCAAACUACCUCUGUCUACCUCAGCAGAGGUCCAGGGUGGCUUCGAUGCCCAACACUGGAGUGGAGGAGGAGUACUACAGAUUAAGGCACUUCUCCAUCACAGGAAAGGGUGUGGUUAACAGAGGCGAUAGCCUGAAGAGCAGGCGGUCCAGGUCAAACAACUCGGUGGCUUCGAGUAAUUCAAGUACUGAGCAGUUGCCAGGUGCGGUAUCAGCAGCCGGAUCUGCCAGGACCUCUGCAUCCUGCAGUUUAGCCUCCUCGAGGGAGUCUUCUACUUCAGCCCCAGGACCUACUCCUUUUAAGGUCCUGAUACUCGGAGGUCCUGCGGUCGGGAAAUCGUCCUUGGUUUCGCAAUUUAUGACUUCUGAAUACCUGCACGCUUAUGAUACCAGUAUUGAUGAUGAAAGUGGAGAGAAAUCCGUAUCAGUAUUACUUGCCGGCGAAGAAUCCGAACUGACGUUUAUAGAUUUCGCCACAGCAGAUCUGUCGCCGGAAAGCUGCAUAAGCAAAUACCAGGACCCUCACGCAUACUGCGUGGUGUACUCGUCAGCUGACAGAAACAGUCAUCAGUGUGCUGAAAAAAUAUUGCAGACCCUGUGGACUUUGGAUUCCAUUGGUACCAAAGCAGUUAUAUUGGUCGCGAACAAGGCCGAUCUUGUGCGAUCCAGGGUGGUUACUACCGAAGAAGGUAAAAUGAUGGCCACCUCGUAUGACUGUAAGUACAUUGAAACAUCAGUGGGUAUUAAUCACAAUGUGGACGAAUUGUUAGUUGGAAUUCUGACUCAGAUAAGGCUGAAACUGGAAAAUCCCGAACGUAGCAGGGACCUUUUCAGGAAAAGGAGUUCUUCGAAGAAAAACUUGAACAGAAAUAAAUCGCCUGCAUCUGGAGCAGCCACUCCCACAGGAAGUGCCCAAAAUUCACCAAAAAAAUACAGAGGAUCCAGGACAUCUGCAAGUUUAAAAGUCAGAAGUCUUCUUGGAAAAGUUUGGGCAAGGGACAGCAAAUCAAAAUCCUGCGAGAACCUGCACGUCCUUUAAAAAGGACGAUAUUUAAAUUUAUAUCAAAUUACGACUUUUAAAGUAUUUAGUAGGAGAUAAAAUGUCCAAUAAAUCGUUAAAUGAAAAUUUUGCCCACAUACACGCACGUCAUGUCAGUUUAAUUGAAUUAUUUUGUUCGUAUGAUUGGGUUUUGAUAUUCGGCAUUGUUUUGCUCCAAUUUAAUUUAUAUUCAAUUCCCCCCAAUUAUUUUAGGCUUAUACAGGGUGCGGCAAUACAUUUUUUACACGAUAAUUAUAAAAAAAAUAUAAAGUAAAUUUAAAGUAAAACUUGCAUAAAAUAAACAUUAUAAAAAUACACAUUCGAAGUUCCAGGGAUGUGGCCAACUUUGUCGGCAAAAGUAAUUUGGUAAAAGUUACGGAAGUGAAUUCAGAUCCUCAUUUUUCUGUGAAUUCACUGGGCGGCAUUUUCGAAAGUUUUAUGCCGACUAACAUCUAAUGAAUGGAUUUAAAUAUACUAGACAAAAGACCUGCUCUCUAAAAAUGAAUUAGUCAAACAUGACUAAUUGUCAUAGCGAAAAAGCAGCCACCUAUAAUUCUCGUCAACAGCAAUUUGUAUCCCAAACAUUAGUCAAUUUUCAUGUAAAAUUGUCCCCUGAAUCUGAAAAUGCCAUCAAAAGUUAAAAAAAACUAGAAGUUUUUGAGAUCUAGUAAAUUUUCCAUAUACUAUGGAAUUGACUUUAUCUCAAAAACUGCUCUUUCAUAAUUUUUGACGGUAUCAUCGGAUUCAGGGGACAAUAUUACAUACGAAUUGGCUGUUAAAUGUUGGGGAUAUCAUGGUAUCCGAUGGUUAACCAUGGUAUAAGUAAAAAGCAGCCAAUAUUAACUAUAGUAACCAAUCAAUUUUGAGUAAUUCAUUUUUAGAGAGUAGGAAGACUUAAAUAAGAAUAAAUAGACAAUUGAAGAGGCAAUUGUAUGAAGAGGUUACGUAAAAGGACAAAAAUAUUGUAAUUUCAAUACCAAGUUUAUUUUUAUUUACAAUUACAAACUUUUUGUUCGGAGGUGUCAUGUUACAUUUAAAUUAGGAAAAAAACAGACAAUAAUUGAGGCCUGUCAGAGCAAAGUCAACAAUCUCCAAUAGACUAAAACUGAGUAAAUUGAGAUAAUUGAUUUUGGUAUUUUAAAUUCUAGAUUUGUAAUUUAUUUUAUAUGUUAUAUUGAAAUAUUGUUGUUGUUAGUCUAGUAGCCAACUACAAGGUCUCCAGGAUGCAUAGUAUAGGUGAAAUCUAUAAUUAUAAAUUGGAAAUUGC